AGACAAAAGGGAUAAACGUAAGGGCCCGGGCUCUGCUGCUAAGACACCGAAAACCUUUUGUCAACUCGCAGCUGCUGCCUAGCCAAAGUCUUGCCUUGCUCCCAGCCAGUGUGACUGGGACUCCAGGCUGUGGUACUUGGUCAGCGCCUGCGUCUCUCUGCACUGUGACCUCCAGGCAGCAGGAGCUGGUUUCGAAGAGGCCAAGCAGCAAUUCUGGAUGAGCCUUGAGGGCCGUUAGUGCUUUCUCUGUGCAGCCAGAGGACGGGAGCGAGGGGGGGGCAUGGCUGGUCGGGAGAAAGCGGGGCAGACGAAACGGAAGGAGUCGCCACAGGAGAGGGUCCGGACAAAUCUCCUUCAGCACGUGCUCAGCAGGCGGGCCCCCCAUGCCAAGGAGGAUACGAAAUUGCUUCUGCACAGACUGGUAUUUCUGGCUAAGAUCUCCCCGGAGCUGGCCGACAAACAGGAUUUAGCAGGGUACUGGCACCUCCUCUUCCUGAGUCUGCAGCGCUACUACCAGGGCGAGGGGGUCACGGGCCUCCUGCUGCUCUACCCCACCUACCUGGUGCACACCCUAGAGGCCUCCAGCGAGGUGCUUUACUCCGUCCUGAGGGACCUGCGAGACAUGCAGCCCCAGAAGCACAGGGCCCUCAUUCUGGAGCCCAAGAUCCUGGUGCUGUCCCACAACAUUCCUUCCCGGCUCUUCCAGCAGUGGAGCUACAAGGUGCUGGACGUGCCCAGCAGGCAUCUGGGCUACAACACCUUGCGCGAGGAGCCAAUUGAGACCAUCAUUGGCGAGUGCCUGGCAAUGCUCCUGAAACUGGGGGUGCACCUGCUGAAAUACCCCAAGAGCUCCCCAAACCUCCCCGAUGCCGUUCUGGAGAAGGUCCCCAACUUAAUUAUUUCCCAGGACACCAUCUGCCACCUCCUGGAGUGCCGGGAGCUCCUGAGCCCUGCACAGUUCCUGCAGACCUACGAUUCUCCCUUGAACGUCGUCAUGGACUCAGGGCACGUGUUUGGAAGUGAGAACCCGUAUGCUGUGUAAGUUUCUUUGCAACCCAAAGGUAGGCCCAGGAGGAGCCUGGUGUGAUUUCGCGAGUUGCAAGCAGCUAAUCUCAACAGCUCAUUCCAAGUUUGUUCAAUUACAUUUUUUGCACCAGCAAGAAAUGAAAAAGAAAUCAUGCACACCCCCAUUGUUAUUGAUGCGGUUGGGAACGGCUGCAGAAGUUGGGAGUCUGGAAUAUAGUUAUCGUUCCAUAAGAUGGUUAUGUUUCAUAAGAAUAUGGUUAUGUUUCAUAAGAUCAGUUUCUUAAACAUUUCAGUGCAAAACUCA